AAUUAAAAUUUUACAUUUAAAUUGUUGUUAAAGUUCAGUGUUUCUUCCUAGCGGUCGUAUUUUAUUGCUCCAAGCAACAUACUUAUUAUCUUCAGUUGGAAAUAAGCACGUAUUUGUUAUUGUCACAUAUUCGUCACGACUCACGAACACAGUCAACAUUUUUCUUACUAGGACUACGGUGAGGCUUACCAAAUUAACUAGGCAACCUGUAGUCAAUUUUAGAACCAUGAAUCUUCUAACAGAUGUUACCGAUAUACCAGAGCUGAAUAAACCGAAUGUGCACAUUAGAGACAAACAAGACUUGGUAACGAAGAUAAAUCGAAUCAUUUCAGCGGGCCACAAUAAACUACAAAUAGUAACAGAUUUUGACCAUACCUUAACGAGACAUCAGUUGGACAAUGGCAAUGUUGUGCUAACUAGCUUUGGUAUGUUCCGGGAAUGUCCAUCGGUACCACAAUACUACAAGGAUGAGGACAACCGACUGUCUGCUAUCUACAAGCCGAUUGAGGUGGAUCCCGUCAUGCCCAUCGACGAGAAGAUCAAACACAUGAUAGACUGGUACAUUGCUGCACACUCUCUUCUAAAAGGCAUGAAAUUUCCUAGGAAUGAAUUAGUUGAGGUUAGCAAGAAAAUGAUAGAUUGCUUUAGGAUCGGAGUCCAAGAGCUGAUAUCGUGGUGUGCGGCGCAGCAGGUGCCUGUCCUGGUGUUCUCGGCGGGGCUCGGGGAGUGCGUGGUCGCCGCACUCACCUCCGCCGACUUCCUGCUACCUCAUGUCAAGGUGGUGUCGAAUUUCCUCGCCGUGGACGACAACGACACGAUAAUCGGCAUCAAGGGCGACGUGAUACACACCUACAACAAGAACGAGGCCGCCAUUAAGAACACUGAGUACUACGAGCUUGUGAAACAGAGGAACAACGUCAUACUGAUGGGCGACAACAUCGGCGACGCCGGCAUGGCCGAGGGCAUGGACCACUGCGACGUCGUCGUCAAGAUUGGCUUCCUGGGCAGGAACACGGACGCCAACCUCCACAACUACAUGAACAAAUUCGACGUGGUCCUAGUCAACGACCACACCAUGGACAUCGCGAAUGCCAUCCUCAAACGCCUGCUGUGAUGCGACUACCUCGUGGCAUUUAUUGUGCUAUUUUUUACUUUAUGUAUUUACAACGGACAUGCUCAAAGACAAUUUUGAUAUGUUUAUGCGACAGUAUUUAGUAGGAAAUUUUUUGUAAUUUUGUGGAAACGUCGGUUUAAACGCUGUUGGGGUACCUUUUGGAAUGAAAUAUAUGACGUUAGGUUAGAGGAAACGUGAUACAUGGGCGUGACGAAAGACAAUGAUCAAAAGUUUGUAUUGUAGCAGCGUUUGAACCAGAUGAACAGUACUGAGGUUAAAAUACUCUGUACGCUUUAUUUGUCGUGAUGAAACCAAUUAGCAUAAUAUCAAGGCGGUGCACUUGAGAAUCUUAUACGAGUUAUAUAAAGUUACAAGAAAGUAAUUUAUUACGCUAUUGUUUGUUAAUUAUCUUUCGUUACUUUUGUUACGAGGUUAAUGAAUUAUUGUUACAUCUUCCUGGAAUUAGAGUAAGGAGUUUUAGAUUAACUUUUCAAAACACCAAAACUCAAUGUUUCACGUAUAGAAGCACAAUUUUUUGAUUAUUUACUGUAGAAAUGUUAUUGAAAAUUUUAAGUACUAGGUACUUACCUCUGAAAAGUUGAAAAUUAAAUUGGUCGCUUUUAACGAUUGCUAGUCAAAUAGGUGCUAUCGAUCUAAUAAUCUAACUGUAUCUGUACGAUAUACAGUUCGACAAGGCUCAAAAUGAAUAUGUCAAUGAUUUCAAUUGGC